UCCACACAACAGGCCAUGAAGCAGAAAGAACCACAGAUUCCCACACCACAAAAACAGUUCCUGCUAAGACAUCAUCAGUUGGAGCUACAACAACAGCCUUCCAUACAUCAGUCCAUGAUGCUGAAAGAACCACAGCUUCCCAAACAACAAAAACAGUCCCUGCUAAGACAUCAUCAGUUGGAGCUACAACAACAGCCUUCCAUACAUCAGGCCAUGAUGCUGAAGGAACCACAGCUUCCCACACAACAAAAUUAUUCUCUGUCAAGUCAUCACCUGUUGGGGCGACAACGACAGCUAUCCACACAUCAGCCAUCCAUACAUCAGGCUAUGAUGCUGAAAGAACCACAGCUUCCCACACAACAAAAUAAUUCUCUGUCAAGUCAUCACCUGUUGGGGCGACAACGACAGCUAUCCACACAACAGAUGCUGAAAGAACCACAGCUUCCCACACAACAAAAUUAUUUUCUGUCAAGUCAUCACCUGUUGGGGCUACAACGACAGCUAUCCACACAACAGGCCAUGAAGCAGAAAGAACCACAGAUUCCCACACCACAAAAACAGUUCCUGCUAAGACAUCAUCAAUUGGAGCUACAACAACAGCCUUCCGUACAUCAGUCCAUGAUGCUGAAAGAACCACAGCUUCCCAAACAACAAAAACAGUCCCUGCUAAGACAUCAUCAGUUGGAGCUACAACAACAGCCUUCCAUUCAUCAUGCCAUGAUGCUGAAAGAACCACAGCUUCCCACACAACAAAAUUAUUCUCUGUCAAGUCAUCACCUGUUGGAGUGACAACGACAGCUAUCCACACAACAGGCCAUGAUGCUGAAAGAACCACAGCUUCCCACACCACAAAAACAGUUCCUUCUAAGACAUCAUCAGUUGGAGCUACAACAACAGCCUUCCAUACAUCAGGCCAUGAUGCUGAAAGAACCACAGCUUCCCACACAACAAAAUUAUUUUCUGUCAAGUCAUCACCUGUUGGGGCUACAACGACAGCUAUCCACACAACAGGCCAUGAAGCAGAAAGAACCACAGCUUCCCACACCACAAAAACAGUUCCUGCUAAGACAUCAUCAGUUGGAGCUACAACA